UUUGGGACAAAAAUUUGAUAAAAAAUUUCGGAAUUCAGAUUUUCCGAAGGAUUUUUCCAAUUUCUUUCUAUUUUGAAGGUAUAAUUAAACUUGAAAUAAUAAUAUUCUCGCGCAAAUUGUUCAUUUCAAUGUAAUUCAAUGGUUUUUUGAAAAUGUGAAUUGUGAAACAUUCGUUAGUUGAGCAUUUUUACGUUAUCAGCCAUCAGGAAUUCAAACUUAUCGGAUAUUUUGCUAAAAAUGAAGUCAAAUAUUUGAAAAAUAUAGCAAGGUGUGGUUUAAAACAUAUUUCUAUUCAUCUGAGAAAGUCCGUCUCGCUGAAUGUACAGAAACUACCUAUGAAUCUAAAUACAUUGUGAUGAUAUAUACUCCUUUUGGUGUCAUAUUGAUCGAUAAUAUUCAACAUGGCCAAUGGUAUUCCUCCUUUUUUACCAGCGACGCCUCCGCCUAUGUGCAAUUUGGAUUAUUCCGACGACGACGACGAUGAUGAUUUUGGAGAAUUCUCAGAUGCUGCUAAAAAUGGUUACUUAGAUGAUGUUUCAGUUACCAAAUCCCUUGGUAACGAAGAAGUGAACAACGCAACCCAAAUUUUUGACCCUGGAACCAGUUAUAAAGCUGCGAUUAUAAAUGAUACUUCGAUUCGUGAUGAUGAGUUCUCGUUCGGAGAUUUCGUUCAUCAAGAUAUCCCUGUAACUGUUCCAGUCGAGAAUGAAUCCAAUUUCGAGGAUAAAAUUAGUGAAAGUGUUCCCAUUGAUGACUCGAAUCACAUUGAUAUUCGAAAUGAUGACGAGAAGAGUGAAUUAAAUUGCGAGCCUGUUAUCGAAUUACAUCAAAAUGAUUCUCGAGUAUCGUUGAAUGACGAUGACAGCAGUAUCGAAGAUUCUACGAGUGACAAUUGUAAUAACGAUGUACUGGAGAAUGAAACAAAAAUUGAAUUUAGUACCGAUGGUAAUACUCUUGAAAAAAAUCAUAUCGCAGACAAUAUCACCGAAAUCGAGCCCGAGUUACCCCUCGAUUCACAACUCAGCAUUCCCGAAGAAAGUUCGACAGUUGAAGAUGAUUUUAGCGCAUUUUGUAGCGUUUCCGAGCCGAAAGAAACAUUAAUAAAUGGUACCAAUUCGGAACAAUCAGAGUUAAAAUUACAAAGAGCGUUCUCUGAAGAUAGCGACGACAGUAAUACUCCGGAUAUCGACUUCAGUUGCUUUAUAACUUGUCCACAAAAUCUCGACAGCCAACAGAAUAAUAAUGAUUUCGCAGAUUUCGAAAGUAAUACGUGUGAUGAUGAUUUUGGAGACUUUGCUGAGCCUGUCAAAGUAGAUUUUACAAUUCCACCUUCUACUUCUACGGUACAAUUUAACGAAAAUAUUGAAACCAAAAACGAUUCGAGUUUAGAAGUCAAAUCUGCUGCUCAAGUUACCAACAUCCAAUCAGAUAAUUUUUCUGAAGAUCCGCUGGAUGAUGAUUUCGAUGAUUUUGUCUCCACUACUGUACCAUCUGCGAUGGAAAACGCACAGAGUACUAAUACUGAACAAAUUGGCUUCUUCGAUCAAUCCAAAUCUUUGAAACAGAGUGAAUCAGAGCUGAAUAGUUCUCAGAUCAACGUGAAUCAAACAACUAUCAACCCAGUGGCUUCUACUUCAUCGAGUCAGGACUUGGAAAAAAUGUACGAUCUUAGUAGCGAAUGUUGGAAUGAAAUUUUUCAAGUUUCUGGCGAGAAACAAAUCGAAGUUAAUUUGAACACAUUCGAAGGUAAAUUAAACGGCAGCUGUGUAUGGUGCAAAAUCAAAGAUAUUGAAGCUAGUCCCGCAUUAAGUUACAAUUGGAAUGAUUCGGAAACUCAAAAAGUAUUAUUAUCUGCUCUCUACGUGGAUUCCAGAAAUAUUUUGUUCGGUCCUCGUUGGAAUUCGGAUGUGCCACGUUUCGCUUCUAAUCUAGGAUUCAGCCCAUUAGUACCUGAAAAGGCUUCGGAGAAAAAGGAUACCCAACCUGUUUCAAUUUCUCCUCAAACCGUCCUUCGAGAAGAACCAGUCAUCGAUGACAGCGCUCCCAAGCCACCCGCAACCGUCCCUGAAGCUCAUUUCGAUUGGAACAACAGCGGUUUGACGAAUCCGUUGGAUAAUCAUUCACAUUCAUCUCUACUAGACUUGGAUUUAUUAGCAAGUUUUGAUAUACAUUCGCCAUAUUAUAAGAAUAAUCGUAAAAACGAUAGAACAAAAGGAAGCGGAGCUUCGAGUUCGAAGUACGAAAAUUCAUUGCUAGCUAAAACGCCCAAUCGUAAAGAGCUCAGCGAAGAGGCCAAAGAAAUAUUGAAUAAUUUGCCAAACUUGUACGUUAUGGAGAAGCAAUAUAUUGUUUUUCCAGUUAGUUGAUUUUUAUCCGAUUAACGAUUUUUAAAUUUUGUGUUAUUUUAUUGAUAAAAAUAUUGUCAUCAUA